AUGUUCUCCAAUCAAUCGACGAGGCAAUUGCCUGCCUCUUCUCCAUAUUCGGACCAGGUUGAAGAGCAAAAUAUCGUUGAUACUGUGGAGCGUACCCAUGAGGAUGAGGUUGAUGACCAACGUGCAGACCAAUGUCUGAACCACCAAAGAUGGACUCCAAGGAAAACAAAGGGCACAAAACAAACACCAAAAGGCCUCCCGGACCAUUGGCGAUAUACUCCUUCUAUAAUGGACCCUAAAUCUUAUGCAUUCACAUCGCUUGCAAACGAGGCCUCCACCUACUAUACCGCGACACCGACUGGCAUGGGCAUGCUCUGCCAUACACAAGUACCCGACUUAUCUACCCCGGGAAUGAACCUUAAUUUACUAAGCCCGCUUUCAACCCCUCCUGCUUCAAUGCAGUCUGCCAUCGACAUGAAUUCAUGCCACCAUUCUUUCGCUCCCCAGGCAGGAAACGGUGUCGACGCUUUCAUUCAUCCACUCGCGUAUGGUCCGAGCUGUUUCAUAAACCCAGGCCUAAGUUACGACCCGCUACAUGUCGAGAAUUCUCCUAUCAAUGGAGUAAAUGCGAAUAAACUCAUUGGUCUGCUCCCUCACGGUAUCAGCUUAUCGACCCCUGGUGACAAUCGAACGAACCCGGGGAGUGAAAACUUUCGGUUCAAUGUCACUCUCACUGGUGCCUUCAGCGCUAGCGCCCAUCCCAGUGAAGAUUGGACAAAGAUAUCGGACUUGGUUGAACGACGGCGCAUACAAAAUCGAAUUGCUCAACGGAGGUGCCAUAUCAAGUUUCCAAGAAUUUCUUACAUAAGCCGUUCCUCCGGGGUGGAUGAUUUGAAAGUAUCAAGCCAAAUUUUUGUGUCUCGCUUGACAAUUGUCACUAGCCCCUUGCCUCGGCCAUCCACACUUGUUACUCACGGGAGGAAGUUGCUCCUGCAUGAGGAGAGGUAUUGUCAUUUCAGCCCGCCUGUUUGCCUUGUUAUGCACCUGAAAGCGCAGUUUAGCACCAGCGCCUCAUUAAUGACCCGAGAAGCCUUUCCACAACUGGAAGCAAACCAAUCACCGGCUGGGGACUGCAUUCUGGUUGGGAAGGGAGAGCUCCCAUUGCAACUGAUGGCUUGUACAAGUCCCCCGGCGUUCGCAAAUGGUUCGCCUAUGCGGAACGUUAAUCCAGCCAAGGUGCAUUCCUCUACUAUGAAUAAACAACAAGACCGCGGUUCUCCCGAUAGCCAAAAACAAUAUAGGGGGGGGCAACAGAGGGAAGAAAAUGACAGUGACGGGGAAAACAGCCAUCGAAAUUCGCGUCUGCAGCCGCAGGUAGAGACCACGAGAAGCAGAAGUCCACCCCGCGCGGCAGGACACUAG